UAUCGUUAGUACCAUAACCUAGCAUUUUAGUGGGUGGUUGUAUUGUCAGAGGAACAGAAAUGCAUAAACAAAUAUCUUAAUUAUUAAUUUAACGCGUCCUAUAUUAGUAUUGGUCCGUGCAUCAAAAUGCAUCUUUCGGGCGCCACGAGAAUCCGGGUGCUGGUCAUUUUUGCCUGUAUCGUGAUAUUUUGGUUGCUGAUCAAGCAAUUUAUGGAGAACAGGAGAACCAUUGAUGUGGAAGAGAUUGUGAUAAAACCUUCCGGAGUCCCUGUUGUCGUAGGGGUCUACUAUGAAGCCCUAUGUCCGGACUCUAAACAUUUCGUGGUAAAGCAGCUAAAGACAACCCAUGAUCUAGCACCUCAGCUUAUUGAUAUAGUAUUCAUCCCCUACGGAAAGGCCACGACCCAUGUCCUGCCGGAUGGUUCGCUUAAGUUCAAUUGCCAACAUGGGCAGGUUGAAUGCGAAGCCAACAUCAUUCAUGCCUGCGUGGUGGAUGUAAUAGGAGAUCCAGAUUUGCGUCUCAAAAUGGUUACGUGUAUGAUAAGGGAUAAUAUCGUUCCCAAGGACGCCUUCCACAGAUGCGCAAAGGAGAAUAGCGUAGAGUCAGCGGAUAAGAUUCAGAAAUGCUACAGUGGACCACAUGGAGCAGAAUUGCUAAAAAUGCACGGAGAGAGAACAAGUGCCCUGAGGCCGAGAAUGGAAUUUGUACCCACUGUCACCCUGGACGGAGGGCAGUACAAACAGGCACUGAUCCUGAAAAAUCUCUUCAAGGAAGUCUGCAAAAUCUUAUCUGGACGAGGUCCUGCACCCGAUGUCUGUGCAGGAGAAAGUCUCACCGCUUAGCCCAUUGCUCUAUGCAUUUUUUUUCGGGGGAAUUAAGUGAAAAUUUUAAAAUCUUUCGAUGUAGUUAUGCAAAAUGUGGGUAUUUAUAUUGGCACUCUUCGGUUUUCUACUUCACCUCAUCAUCCCAUACAACGGGUAGAGAUAGCAUGUCAUUCCACCAGCGAAAAGUGAAUAAAGUAAUGUGCAGAAUGUGAAUAAUAAA